AUGUUUAUUAAAAAUGCUGACGCUCAAAAUGAUGUUUUACAAUGGAUUGGCGAUUGUUUUGAUGAGAAUCAUGAGAAAAGUAAAGAAUGGUCAUCGAAUGAUCCAUUAGCAGCAGUAAUAUUUGUUAGUGAUGGGUUCUUAAUUAAUCUAACUGUUAUUCUAUUGAAUCUUGCAAAACCAUUUGCUGAACCUUAUUCACCAAAGUUAUUCAAAUUUGAUCUAUUCGUAUCAACUGAAUUAACUGGACAAGCCGUGGCAUUUCAGCAAAAAUUUAAUUGUCAUCGUCCAAUAUAUAAUAUACUUCAGUAUGUUUCGAAUGAUGAAAUGUCAUAUAAUGACCAACUUUUUCCACAAGCGGUCGAAGUACUUCAACGAAUUAACUAUCCACCGGAACGAAUUGCCGAAUUUCAAAAACUUCAUGAACGUGUUAAGACAAUUAAUGCCGAACAAAAACAAGCAGAUGAUGCACCUGACGAAUAUCUAGAUCCGAUUACAAGCAUAUUAAUGAGGGAUCCUGUUAGAAUUACACAUCGCUCUUCAUCUGCAAUGAAUCGUGGUCUAGCUCUUUCUUCAACAAUGAAAAAUUGCAUUCGUUUGGCUGGAUUAUCAGGUGCAUUAGCUAUAUGUUUAGGUGCUUAUGGAUCUCAUGCUAUGAAAGAAAAUACGUCAGAUGAACUUCGACGACUAUUUCAAUUGGCUCAAACGUAUCAUUUGCUUCACUCGGCUGCUUUACUUGCUGUACCAUUCGUCUCAAGACCACAUAUAACAACACCGUUAUUCCUUGGUGGAUUGACACUUUUUUGUGGUCCAAUAUAUUAUCAUGCAAUACGUAACGAUACUCAAUUUCGUCGUGUAACACCUUACGGUGGGAUGCUUCUUAUAGCUGGAUGGUUAUCAAUUGCUGUACUUUAG